AUGUCAAUUCCAACUAAAGCGACGGCGCUCGUAAUCGGCGGUGGUCCGGGAGGCUCCUACGCGGCAUCAGCCCUGGCGCGGGAAGGAGUCGACACGGUGCUGCUAGAAGCGGAUGUGUUUCCUAGAUAUCAUAUCGGUGAGAGUCUCGUCGCCUCAAUCCGACCGCUUUUGAAGUUCAUCGACUUGGAUGACACCUUCGUGAACUAUGGCUUCGUGAGAAAGAACGGAGCAGCAUUCAAACUGAAUAACCAGAAAGAAGCUUACACGGACUUCAUUCUCGAACCUGGCGCUGGAACCUACGCGUGGAACGUCAUCCGAUCAGAGUGCGAUGAGCUGAUGUUCAAACAUGCCGCGAAGUCUGGAGCGAAGACAUUCGACGGCGUCAAAGUCACGUCGAUCGAGUUCAUUCCAGAUGAAAGCAACGUCGAAAGCCCCGGUCGACCGGUGUCCGCUAGCUGGAAAACCAAGGACGGUCGCACUGGGAUUAUUGAUUUCCAAUACCUCGUCGAUGCAAGUGGUCGAGCCGGUAUCACCAGCACCAAGUAUCUGAAAAACCGAACUUUCAACAAUUACCUUAAGAACGUCGCUAGCUGGGGCUAUUGGCGCGGUGCGACACCAUAUGGCGUGGGAACUCCGGUAGAGGGCCAGCCUUACUUUGAGGCCCUUCAGGAUGGCAGCGGCUGGGUGUGGUUUAUCCCUCUGCACAAUGGCACGACUUCCGUCGGUGUGGUCAUGAACCAGGAGAUGGCUACAAAGAAGAAAAAGCUAUCAUCCGUGACCUCCAGUCAAGCUUUUUAUCUAGAGUCGCUCGAAGGAGCGCGCGGGAUCUCUCGUCUCCUCGAACCUUCCACGCUCGAAGGCGACAUCAAACAGGCGUCGGAUUGGUCCUAUAAUGCCUCUUCAUACGGCAGCUCCCACCUGCGCAUAGUCGGGGAUGCCGGUGCAUUCAUCGAUCCGUACUUCUCAUCGGGAGUUCAUCUGGCUCUUUCGAGCGGAUUGUCUGCCGCAACAUCCAUUUGCGCGUCUCUGCGCGGCGAUUGCGAAGAAGAAGCUGCGUGGAAGUGGCAUUCCCAGGGCGUGGCUAAUAGGUACGGUCGCUUUUUGCUGGUAGUGCUCGGGGCGACGAAGCAGAUUCGGGCGAGAGAUACCCCGGUCAUGAACAAGGAUGGUGACGAGGGGUUCGACGAUGCGUUUACCGUAAUCAGACCCGUUAUUCAAGGAAUCGCCGAUGUCCCUGGUAGAACCACCCAUAGAGAGAUCCUUGAUGCCGUUGCCUUCAGCACGAACGUCGUAGGGCCCAAUAUUAAAGGCACGGAGCAGGCCUGGGUCGAGAAAGACCAUGGUGCUUUGUCCUGCGACGAAGAGGAGGUUGGCAGGGUCAUGAAUAAUCUGGCCAAGGCGUACAAAGCACAGGAUGUCUAUGAAGGGCUCACAGCAAGACUUGAGAGAGGAGCGCUGGGAUUGCAGGUUGCUAAUUAG